AUUGCCGGUCACGAGGAGUUUCCAUCAUUCCGUGGACGGCCGAUCGUCGUAUAAAUUUGCUGCUGAUCGUCGUUGCUUCCACGGCCGAAUGUUUCGGGCGCGUUUGCACGCAUACUCGUUAAUGGGACGUGUCCUGUCUGCCCUCACCAACACAGUACAGUCGUCUCUUGGAUGCGCGGAAACUUUAAGGCACACGAAGAACGAUAGAAUCAGGGGUUUCUGCUACAAUGACAGAAACCGGGCAAACGGAAUCCGUCGUGAUGUCGGUAAACUUCGACAAUCUCGUGUUCAAACGGUGGCUACACUGUGUCGGACCUGUCCGCCGUUGCGAACUGUUAAAAAAGCUGAAGACUCACCUGCAAAAUCUUGGACUGUCACGGAGGCAGGUACGUCGAGGUUUGAUUCAACUGGCGACGAAACCACGCGUAGUUCUUACGCGACAGCCAGCCGUCAGAAGAUAUGGGCCAAGGAAAUUAUUCCUAGAUGAAAAUGAGGAGAAAUCCGGUGAAGUUGCAACCAGUGUCAGAACUGAUAUUGCAUUUCUCCAACAUAAAUCACAACCCAAACUGAAGCAUAUAGAGAAAUCGGAUAAAACAGAAAUUGAUACUGAAAAAGAAUACAAGCGAAAUGAAAAGGUAGAAGAUAUUAAGGCGUGUAGAGUUGAGCUCAUGGACAACCCACAAGAAACAUUUGUAUUGAAUAGAAACUGUAAGAUUGGAACUAAAAGAAGUUCACACCAAGCAAAUACCACAUUUAUAUCGCAAGAUUCGACAAAUAAUAAAAAAUCACCCUCGGACAGAAAAUUCGAGUGCAACAAAGAUGAAAGUGGGAUUGCACACAUUGAAAAUGAUCUUAAUCGUUUGUCUCAGAAAUCUUCUGAUUUGGUAUCUGAUAAAAAAAGCAAGAGUUUAAACAUUGUAUCAGUUGCAGAUAACAAAAAACGCAUGAAAGUAGAUUCAAGUAUGUGUUAUAAUCAGAAAGAUACAGAAUCUGUUAAGUUAAGUACUAAAAUAUUCGAAACUGCUGAGAAAAGUACGAACAUUAAGGGGGAAUCUAGAUUGAGUAGAACCAAAUAUUCCAUGCCAGAACAUUGUAAAGGUAAUAUAACAUCAGAACAUUUUCUAGAGAAAAAUUCUGUUAGAUGCAGUGAUAUUAAAAUAGGGAAUAUUGAAGAGAAUCAGCACAAAAGAAGAUUGCACAAUACACUUACUGCAGACUUUGUGGAAAAAAGAAGAAAAAUUCGUGCAAUAUUUGAUGAACCUGAAGAAAUCGACAGGGGGAAAAGGAAGAAACUAAAAAAAUUUCGGAAAUACUUUGGGGAUUGCAUAUCUGUUAGUGAAGAUGAACAAGAACAAGAUAUCCUUCAGAAGAAACUUAAAAGAAGAAAAAAAAAAGAUUCUGUCGAUUCAUGUGAUUCCGGAGUGUGCAUUAACGAAGAAAGUGUAGCUGCUAAUUGUGAAGAACGUUUAAAAGACAUUCGAACAGCUGCACAUGAUUCAACAAUACAAGAAGAAUUUAACGAAGAUACGUCUAAUAAGAUUUAUACAGAAUCUGAUAUAAUUAAUAAAUUAGAAAAUGGAGAGAACUGGAGUAAAAGCGUUAAUCAAGUUAUGAAUGUAACAAGUAACGAAACCAAAUCCAGUAAGUCAAAAAGUGGAACAUGUAAAGCAAAUAAUGUUGAAAUAGAGAAUAAUAAUACUGUUGAGAAAAAAUUAAACAGUAGUUUGAACAAAAACGAUGUGGUGCAAACUACAACUACAAACGACGUUACAGAAGCAUUUAAAAGGAUUGAUAAGUUAGAGGCUACUAUUCCUACAACAGUAGUAGAGAUAGAAGUAAAUUCAAUAUCUUAUAAUAUUUCACAAAUGAGCAAUACAGAUUGUAAUGCUCAAAAAGCUGCAACUACAAAUGUUUCAAAAUCUCAAGAUAAUAAUUUAAAUAACCACGAUUUUAAUGAACUUCUUCAGAUGAAUUUUAAUGAUACUUGCCAGAUUACAUCAAGUGGAAAUGUCCUCAGCAUUCAAGAGGAUAUUAUGAAAGAUGAAAAUCAAAAUACAGUUAAGGAGAACGUUACUUUAUCUACUAAUGAAAAUUUGGAUUUGAAAACAUCUGUAGAAAAAGAACCGAAUAGUAAUCCAAACAAAAAACAUCCAGAACCAGUUUUAAAUGAAAUUGAAGAAAAUGAUGAUACACUUUUAAGUAAUGCAGUAGUACUUUCUGAUGCAAGGGAAGAUGUUAACGCUGUUUCAAUAAAUAACAACUUCUGUGAUAUAUUAGAAACUGUAAUUAAAAGAACACUGCUGAAACCUAAACUGAAGGACUCAAUGGAACAAAAGAAUACUCAGUCUAACCAAGUUUGUCAAGCCAGAUUGAGAGUAUUGUCUAGUGCAGAACUUGGUUCUAGGUGGUGCCCUACGCCUAUAAAUUCUGUUGCAUCUAAUAAUUGUCCUUCUUUUUCAAAUACAUAUACAACAAUAACACUAGAUAAAUCUGUGAAGCCUGUUUCUUCAGUUCCAGUCUCAUCAUCUACUUCAGAAACAGUAGCUACAACAUGUACAUCUAGAAUUAUCAGUGCUACAUCAAUUCCCUCAUCGGUGUCAGCUUCUACAGAAGCAAUGCCACCUCUUAUUAAUUCAACAAAGAGUACCCUGGAUCCAAAAAUAUUAGACUAUGUGAAUGUAUCUCUAUUGAAGAUAUGCAAUAUAAUUAGAUCCAAACGUGUUCCUACACAAAUUUCCCGCUCAGAUCAUGAUAAAUUACUGUAUAGAGAAUUUGAACAAUUAAGAAGAACAUUAAAUUUUGAGGAUUUUGUAACUUUCAUUCACAGAGUUAUAAACAUUUUUAAUAAGGAAGUGUUUGUUAGCACACCAUUAUCUCUACAAGAAUUAUUUUAUUAUACACCGUCAUUACACACUUUAUAUUUGAGAAAUUCGUGUAAUCAAGUUGGUAAUCAUAAUGAGCAUCAAUCAUAUGUCAAUGGAUGCUAUCCAAAUGCAAUACCAACUGUUACAAGCAACAUACCAAUUCAUCAAAACAUGCGUCGGCAUCCUACAUCAAUACAGACAGGCUCGCAAGAUUCAGUUCCCAUGAAUGCUAUGCAACAAUAUCCUUUGAAUUUAAAUCAGACACAACAACAGUGUUUUUCGAAUUUAAACCAAACAAGCAUAAACACAAAGUCUAAACAAUUUCAGCAAAACCGCCAGAAGAAAGUUGUUAUACCACCAGAGAUUAAUGUCCACCAAAGUAAGGUAUCAGCGAAUCCUACUUUCAAUUCUCCAUUAAGUACAAGACACACAAGAUACAGGAAGCGAAAACAAAAACCAGUUGCACAACAGAAAACUGCACUAACAUAUAUAACAGUCCAGGGACCAGUAACAAAUAUUAAUACGUCCCAAGGUGUUCUUAAGCCACAAAUACCAAAUUCCUCUAUUGGUAUCAGUCAGCCAGGAAAAUAUAUGUAUGCUCCAACAAAAAGUACAUACACAAAUCAACAAUAUGUUGCACCAAAUGUUGAUAUACCUGAAGGAAAUCCAUUUUAUAUGGUAAACGCAUCUAUACCACACAAUCCCGUUCAACAAAAUAUAAAUUUAGUUCAUACUAUCCAACAACAAAAUGUUAACAUGGCAUACUCGAUGCAGCAACAAAACAUUAAUCUGGCACAUACAAAUCCGUUACAAAAUAUUAAAUCUGGAAGUCAACAAUUUCAAAAAACUGUGCAUAGACAACCACCACCACCUUAUGAUGUAGCACAAGGAACUUUUCAAACUCAAACUGUGUCUCAAUCAUUUCAAAAUAUGCAACAGAAUGUACCAGUAACGAAUUAUAUGCCACAACCUGUACAAAAUGCAUUUGUAUCAAGUACACAUCAGUCAGCACCAAGAAAUAUGCAACAGAAAGAUCAAAUAUAUCAAAGGGCACCUCCACAAAUGCAAAUGAAGGUUUCUCCAAAUUUUUCAUCAGACCAAAAAGCGACACCUCUUUCAUAUCUACAAAAAAUGACAAAUACUAAUUUUAUGGAAAACUCCAAAUUUCCUACGAAAAAAACAGACAGUAAGGCACAAAUGUCAUUGGAAUCAACAGCAAAACACUUCAAUGUAUUGAAGUAUCUUUCUGAUAUUCAAAAAAUGAUGUUACUGAAGCACAUAAAUUUUUACUUUGGUUGUACCAUAUGGUUGGAGCAAGAAUUUUCACAAGAAAAAUGGCAAAAAAUUCAAUCUGAAAGAACAGUGUUACUUAAUUUUCAUACACUUUUGAAGAACAUUGUCGAUAAGAUUGUAACUGACCUAUUACAAAAUAAAGAUCAAGCAAAUGCAUGUGAAAAGAAUUUACUUACAAAUAUUAAAAUUGAUGCUCCAAAAGAAGUACAAAUUAUUGUUCAAGGAGAUGGACUACAUUGUCAAGUCGAUGUAUCAAACACUGACCAAGUACAAAGUAAAGUAACUAACAGUGAAUCUCAUCAAGAGAAUUUAAAUCUCCUGAUAGUACAAAAACAAUCUGAGAAGCAACAAAAAGGAUGUAAUACUUCAGAAAAAACACAAGUAUCUAAUCAGUCGCAAGACCUAAAAAUAUUAACCACAAAAGAAGCAGAAAACAACCAGGAAGAUAAGCAAGAAGAUAUUCAACAAAACGCUUUUCCUAUGCUCGCAACGAUGUUAGAACCUGACAUACCAAUACAAACUGAAAAGUCUAAAAGUGAGGUGGAACAGGACUCAGAGGACUCCACAAAAGAACAGAUUUUAGAUAAAUCAGAAAAAGCAGCUGAAAAUAUUGCUUCUACAGAUAAAGAAGACGCAUCAGCAGCACCAGAUUUAGAAGAAUCUAAUAAAGAUAGAUUGCAACAGCUACCUUCUCACCUAAUUACUGUAGAAAUUUCUCCCGACAGUGAUUACGUGACAGUUGUGGACAUUAUUGGUGCUCAUGACAUCGAAGAUACUACAAGUGCAACAAAAGUUGAAAUGGCAAGGGAGGGCAAACAAUCACAGGAUGAAGAAUUGCAUCCACCACCUGUAAUAGAUAAUACACAUGAAACUUUAUCAGAAUGUGUAUCAAGAAGUUCAAACUUCAGUACUGAAUGUUCUAAUGAUACAGUUCCAAAUGAUUCUACGAUGGAAGAAGAUAAUUUGACACAAAUUGCGGAUGUUAGGAGCAUUUCUCUUGAAGCAUUUGAGAAACUGGGCAUAGGUAGCAAUACAGCUGCAACUGUUGUAGAAGGAAAUAUCGAAGAGGAAGAAAUUAAAGUAUGUUUAUGUUGCAGCAAACUCAGCACUGUAGUAUGUUCAAUCUGUUUAGAAGCUAAAUACUGUUCAAAAAAAUGUUCAGAGUUACAUUGGCAAGAACAUUACAAAACCUGUAAACCUGUAGAAAAAAGUAUAUACUUAUAAUUAGAAUAUUAUAUUACAUCCUGUAUUCCACACUUACCU